GUUGCGCAGACGCAGUGGGCCAUUCUAGUGCCUUCUAGAAAAGGUUGUAAGAAGGGUGGGGCUUGGAGCUGGGGUGUAACUGGAGGGGCGGGCCCUUCUCCAAGUUAGAGUUGGGGUUCUGAGCGAGUCUUGCGUUUUAGGUUUAGUGUCUUUUCCUUGUCCCUGCUCGGGGAGCGUGAGGCAGAUCGGCCGGCUUUGCUCCAGGCCUCAGGAGUGUAAGUUUAAGGGCGCGAACCCGGGUGGGACGGGGCAGUUUUUCCAGCGGGCCAUACGGGAAAAUUUUUGGUUCGAGGAAGACAACCACCCUUUUUAAGGAGAAAACUGCAUCUUGCCCUGCCUCAUUCCUACGCGGUGCCCAGGUGGGGUGUGUGUGGACCAGUCAAUGACCGCCCAAGCUCUCCGAGCAGAAAACCCAAACAUGGUUUUGUGGGGUGUGUGCCUUUGACCCCGGACUUAGGCAAAAAGCGUGGUCGUGGGCGUAGCUACGAGGUGGUUGGUGGGCUCCAGGGCCUGCGUGCCCCUCGACGUGAGCGAUGAUUGGCGGUACAGGAUAACAGAUCGCCCUCUUGGCCACUCAGUGGCAGGGGACUUUUAUACUUCCGGGUCGGCGGCGUCUGGCGUGGAGAGUUUGGGGAUCUACAGCAGCCAAAGGCUUGUCCCUGACUUUAUAUGGCUGCGCGUGACGAGCGACUGAGUCGUCCGUGAGGAAAAAGAGGCGAGGCUUUUCCGACAUCGUCUCAGCGAUGGCGCUUCGGUCGCGGUUUUGGGGAUUGUUCUCGGUUUGCAGGAACCCUGGGUGCAGGUUCGCAGCCCUGUCAACCAGCUCCGAGCCGGCAGCGAAACCUGAAGUGGACCCUGUGGAAAAUGAAGCUGUCGCCCCAGAAUUCACCAACCGGAACCCCCGGAACCUGGAGCUUUUAUCUGUAGCCAGGAAAGAGCGGGGCUGGCGGACGGUGUUUCCCUCCCGUGAGUUCUGGCACAGGUUGCGAGUUAUAAGGACUCAGCAUCAUGUAGAAGCACUUGUGGAGCAUCAGAGUGGCAAGGUUGUGGUUUCGGCCUCCACUCGUGAGUGGGCUAUUAAAAAGCACCUUUAUAGUACCAGAAAUGUGGUGGCUUGUGAGAGUAUAGGACGAGUGCUGGCACAGAGAUGCUUAGAGGCGGGAAUCAACUUCAUGGUCUACCAACCAACCCCGUGGGAGGCAGCCUCAGACUCGAUGAAACGACUACAAAGUGCCAUGACAGAAGGUGGUGUGGUUCUACGGGAACCUCAGAGAAUCUAUGAAUAAAUGGAAGCAUUAAUUGUUUUGAACAUGUAAAUAUAAAUCUGUCAGCCACUACAGCCAUCAAAAGAGAGCAUCUGGAAGAACAGCCAGCUUGGAAGUUUUACAGCAAUAAUGUUGCAGUGGAAUAUUAUUUGUAGUUAAGGUCAUCCUCCUUCCCUUUCUGUUUUUUUAAAUCAAGAACUACAUUCUGCCCUUUUCUUGGGCUUCAGAAGCAUCUAAGAAAAGCAGUCAUCAAUUAUAAUUAACUUUCAAAGGGCAAGUCAGAAGUGGUUUAUAAAUUGCAAAAUAAAGGCAUAUUAUGAACUUUUA